AAUAGUGAUUUAAACAUCACUAGUACCGAGUUCGAUAAAGCUCUUGUAAAUAGAUCCCUUUAACGACACUAGCGCAAUAGAACAUUUCUUUGAAACUUCAGAACAAAAUUAUUGAACUGUCUUAUCUGUAGCGUAGUAAAUCUGUGGUAAGAGUGUUCUGUAGUCAGCUGUGUCCUAUUGAUUUUUUCCCAAAGUAAAAUUCGCGAAAACUGGAUAAGCUAGGUAUCAGCUUUUUAAUUAGUAUCCUAAACAAACCAAAGAACCAACAUGUUAAUUAAUGAAAUGAAACUGUUUGAGCUUCCCGGUCUGAAUCGGGACCCAAAAUGUAAAACAUUUGUUAUAAAAGACGAAGGACACCUCGGGGAUGCAUUGAAAUGCAUUAUUUCUGGAUAUGAAGAUGUUCAGUUCUGUGGAUACACAGUUCCAUGUCCAGUUGAAUCUAAAAUCCAUUUUAAAAUUCAAUCUGCAGAAACUCCUGCACUUGACAUUUUGUAUCGUGGUCUUUGUGACCUAAAAAGGGCCAGUGAACAAGAUUUGGAUCAAAUUGAAACAAAACUCAAAGAGUAUAAUAACCACUCAUGCUUUUGUAAGAUGAGAACAAAACAAGCCAUGUAAAUACAACAAAUACGUAAAUUAUAUAGUUUAUUGACCUUAUUAAGAUAAAUAAUGUAAAUUAUAUAAUAUAGGUACUGAGAAAGAUAUCAGCAGUCAGCAAAUGUGUAACCCUGUUAUUUGUAUGAUUAGAUAUUUGGUUUAGAUUUAGUACUUAUGUAAAUUAUAAAUAUGGUUUUCUGAAUAAAUAUAUGCAGUUAUAAAA